AGUGCCCAUCACUAGCAGUCAAACAACAAGCAUUCAGAUCUCCAGAAUCAAAACUUCAGCACCAUGGAUAGAGGAAAGCGCCCCAAUACGGAUGUGCCAUCCUUCAAGAAGAAACCCACCGAUGGAGACGAGCAGGACGACAGUGAACAGAACUACAAGGUAUUUAAUGAUCCAGUCCAUGGUCACAUUGAGCUCCACCCUCUGCUGGUGAAGAUCAUCGACACACCUCAAUUCCAGAGAUUGCGGAAUAUUAAGCAGCUUGGAGGAGCGUACUAUGUGUUUCCUGGAGCUUCACACAACCGCUUUGAACACUCCAUAGGGGUUGCACAUUUAGCAGGAUGUCUCAUUAAAACUCUGAAGGAGAAACAGCCUGAGCUCGGCAUCACCAAACAGGACGUCCUGUGUGUUCAAAUCGCCGGCUUGUGCCAUGACCUGGGUCACGGCCCAUUCUCUCACCUGUUCGAUGGCAUGUUUAUACCAAGAGUCCGUCCUGAUUCCAAGUGGAAGCAUGAGGAUGCAUCAGUGAAGAUGUUUAAACAUCUGGUGAAGGAGAAUAACCUGCAGCCUGUGAUGGAGAAAUAUGGUGUCUUCAAAAAAGACCUUAUAUUUAUCACAGAACAAAUUGCAGGACCAAAAGAUAAACAACAGUACGAAGGCAGACCUGAGGACAAAUCUUUCUUGUAUGAGAUCGUGGCGAAUAAGAGAACCGGCAUUGAUGUGGAUAAAUGGGAUUAUUUUGCCAGAGACUCCUAUCACCUGGGCAUCCCAAACAGCUCAGACCACCUCCGCUUCCUCAAAUUCGCCCGGGUGUGUGAGGUCAAUGGGAAAAGGAUCAUCUGUGCCAGAGACAAGGAAGUCCAUGAUUUGUAUGAGAUGUUUCACACAAGACACACCCUACACCGCAGAGCCUAUCAGCACAGAGUGACUAAAAUCAUUGAGGAAAUGAUAUCAGAGGCCUUGGUGAAAGCUGAUCCUCACAUUGAGAUUGAGGGAUCUAAAAAAAAGAAGUUCAAAAUGUCUGAGGCCAUAGACGACAUGGAGGCCUACACCAAGCUCACAGAUCAUAUUUUUGAGCAGAUCCUGUACUCCUCUGAUCCAAAUCUCAAUGAAGCUCAGUCCAUCCUGAAAAACAUCCUCUGCAGACGUUUGUACAAGUGUGUGGGACAGACAACACCUAAAACAGCAAUUAAUGUCUCAAAGGAAAAUCUGGCUGUGGAGUUGUCCCAGUCCAAGCCUGAUGACACAGAUGUUCUCCUGAAUCCUGAAGAUUUCAUUGUCACUGUGUUUGGAAUAGAUUAUGGCAAGAAGGAAGAAAACCCCAUCGACAGUGUCUACUUCUACCGCAAGAACAACCCCAACAUAGCCUUUCGCAUCCCCAAAGAAAAGGUCUCCAAAAUGCUACCUGGUAUAUUCUCUGAGCAGCACAUCAGAGUUUACUGCAAACAAAGAGAUGAAGAGAAAGUGGAAGCUGCAAAGAAAUACUUUAAGCAGUGGUGUGUCAAGAAGGGCUUCACACCUCAGGAUGCUGAAAUGCAGGUUCCAGAAGAGCUUGAUGAUUCCUCUUAAGGACAGACAGCAACAUUGGAUCUUCAUCUCCCUGUUAGAUAAAACACUUGAUUAUUAAACUUAUUCUUUUUAAAGAGUUAAUCAGCCAGGGGGGUUCAAAUAAUUAAUAAAAUUAAGUGAUGUGAUUCAUUUGGUGAUUUUUCAGGUAACUUUGGUUGAGAUGAUAAACCAGUACUCGGUGAAGGUUUGGUGUUUGGUGUUUGAACUCGUGGUUUGAGCUUCAGCUGUACUGUAUUUAGUGUGUGAGGGUGUAGUUUAUCUGAUGUGAGAUCAGAUUUAAAGCUGUAAGCUGUACUGUAUUUAGUGUGUGAGGGUGUAGUUUAUCUGAUGUGAGAUCAGAUUUAAAGCUGUUAGCUGUACUGUAUUUAGUGUGUGAGGGUGUAGUUUAUCUGAUGUGAGAUCAGAUUUAAAGCUGUCAGCUGUACUGUAUUUAGUGUGUGAGGGUGUAGUUUAUCUGAUGUGAGAUCAGAUUUAAAGCUGUAAGCUGUACUGUAUUUAGUGUGUGAGGGUGUAGUUUAUCUGAUGUGAGAUCAGAUUUAAAGCUGUAAGCUGUACUGUAUUUAGUGUGUGAGGGUGUAGUUUAUCUGAUGUGAGAUCAGAUUUAAAGCUGUUAGCUGUACUGUAUUUAGUGUGUGAGGGUGUAGUUUAUCUGAUGUGAGAUCAGAUUUAAAGCUGUUAGCUGUACUGUAUUUAGUGUGUGAGGGUGUAGUUUAUCUGAUGUGAGAUCAGAUUUAAAGCUGUUAGCUGACAGAUGAAUGAUUAUUAUAAUCUAAGAUCACUGAUAAGUGGGAGUGCAGCACAGUGCAUUUAUAUUUUAUCUUUGUGUGUGUUGGUGAAGGAAAUAAACUUAUAGAGACUAAUAUAUACAUUAAUUUUAGAACCUCUUUAUCUCUGUAAAGCUGUUUAGGGAAAAUGUCCAAUGUUAAAAUACACUAUACAAAUAAAAGAAAUUGAAUGAAA